UUCGUAUCAUUUGUUUGUCACUCACACAUGCGCGAGAGACGGAGAGCGGUUUGGAAGCCGUCGCAGAAACCGGCCGUAGGUCAUUGUAUAAUUUUUCAAGAAGUUGAAAGUGGAAAGCAGAAAAGAUAGGAAUGUCAAGGUGAUAUAACACGAAAUAAUUAAGUACUUCGAGCUUGUCAAGAUACAUACAUAGAUAUAACACAAUGAGAUAUUGUCCUCCAAAUAUAACUUUCAAUGACAUUUGGACAGACCAUGGCGUGUCUAAAUGUUUUAUGGAUACCAUUUCCACUAGUAUAAUUUCUUUGUAUUUAAUUGUAUUCGGAUCUAUACAACUUUGGGCAUAUCGCAAGUAUGGCACAGAAGUUGAUGAGAAUAUAUUGCCAAAGAGCAAGUUGUAUACCUUGCAAAAGUUUGUGUUAUACUUUGUUCCCUUCUUAAGUGUGUUAAGGAUAAUUUUACAAGCCACAGUUUUGGAUGAUGGAAUGAUCUACGGAUAUAUGAUAUUAGUAACUGCAUCAACAGUAAUUGUUUAUCCAUAUUCAGUUUACAUCCUAAAAGUUGAAAGACAUAAAAGACUACCAAGUGUACCACCAAAUGGUCAUGGAUUAGUGCUUCUAGCUUUUUGGACAUUAGCAUUUGCUGCUGAAAAUCUUGUUUUUAUUAACAUUGGAAAGCUUGAAUGGUGGUUCCAUCUGAAUUCUUUGACAGAUCAGAUUGAAAUGGCUCUGUUUGUUUUGCGCUAUGUUAACAAUCUAUUAAUCUUUGCUCUUGGAUUAAAAGCUCCUGGCAUUGCUGGUAAUCCUGACUCUGAUUAUCAUGUGCUUAUCGAUGGAUCAUUUAGACAAUCACAAUAUUAUCGAAGUAGACCUACUGAUAAUGCUUCCACAUGGACAAACCUGUGGUACAAGAUUAAAACUUUAGCACCGUUUCUUUGGCCAAAAACCGAUAUAUUGCUUCAAUUUAGGGUGAUAUUUUGUUUUAUAUUGCUUGUGGCUGGACGUUUGAUCAAUGUUUACGUACCAAUUUACAAUAAAAAGAUCGUGGAUAGCGUUUCGAUCGAGCCUGUGCAAUUUAGAUGGGAUAUAGUAUUGAUAUUUGUAGCAUUUAAGUUUCUACAAGGCGGUGGUACCGGAGGUAUGGGUGUGUUGAAUAAUCUGAGAUCUUUUCUCUGGAUUCGUAUUCAACAAUAUACGACUCGUGAAGUGGAAGUAGAGCUAUUCAGACAUUUACACGGACUAAGCUUGAGCUGGCAUCUAGGUAGAAAAACAGGCGAAGUAUUGAGAGUCAUGGACCGCGGUACAGACUCGAUCAAUAAUUUGCUCAAUUAUAUUCUCUUCUCAAUUUUGCCAACUAUUGUUGACAUUAUCAUAGCCGUUAUUUUCUUCAUCAGUGUGUUUAACAAGUGGUUCGGUCUCAUUGUCUUUACAACUAUGGUUCUCUACAUCAUUGCAACGAUCAUGGUCACGGAAUGGCGCACAAAGUUCCAAAGACAAAUGAAUUUGGCGGACAACGCUCAGAAAGCACGCAGCGUCGACAGUUUACUCAACUUUGAAACGGUAAAGUAUUACGGCGCCGAAGCGUACGAAGUUGAUUGCUACAGAAAAGCGAUACUGGACUAUCAGAUAAAAGAAUGGAAAUCGAUGGUGACGUUGAACAUCUUGAACACUCUUCAAAACAUCAUUGUCUCCGCUGGUUUAUUAUCCGGCUCGUUACUGUGUCUAUAUAUGGUCGUUAAUCACGAAGGUUUGACAAUCGGUGACUACGUCUUGUUCGCCAGUUACAUAACGCAACUUUAUGUGCCGCUCAAUUGGUUCGGAACUUAUUACAGAGCAAUCCAAAAGAAUUUCGUCGAUAUGGAAAACAUGUUCGAAUUGCUGAGGGAAGAGCAAGAAGUGAUAGACGCACCCGGAGCCAGACCGAUUGACGUAAAGCGUGGACAAGUUGAAUUCAUGAACGUGUCGUUUAAUUACAACGCCGAUAAAGCCGUGCUGAAAAACGUGAGUUUUACCGUAUCCGCGGGAAAGACGGUCGCGUUAGUCGGCCCGUCUGGUGCCGGAAAGAGCACCAUAAUGCGAUUGCUCUUCCGCUUCUACGACGUGGAACAAGGUGCGAUUUUAAUCGACGGACAAAACGUGAAGACCGUCACCCAGGAGUCACUCAGAAACGCUAUAGGUGUCGUGCCGCAAGACACAGUUUUAUUCAACAAUACUAUAAAGUAUAACAUCCAAUACGGCCGUAUCGAUGCGCCGGAAGCGGAUGUGAUAGCCGCCGCGAAGUACGCGGACAUUCACGAUAGAAUUCUCACGUUUCCGAACGGCUACGAGACGCAGGUUGGCGAGAGAGGACUGAGACUGAGCGGCGGUGAGAAGCAACGCGUCGCGAUCGCGCGCACCAUUCUGAAAGCGCCGAGAAUCGUUCUGCUGGACGAAGCUACGAGCGCGUUAGACACGCAAACGGAGCGUAAUAUACAGGCGGCUUUGACCAGAGUUUGCGCCGGACGAACUACGAUCAUCAUCGCGCACAGAUUGUCGACGAUAAUUCACGCGGACGAGAUACUCGUUCUGAAGGACGGCGAGAUUGUCGAAAGAGGCAAACACGAGGAACUGAUUUCGCACGGUGGUGUUUACAGCGCCAUGUGGCAAGCGCAGCUACAAAACGAUCAGGAGAACAAUCAUCUCGACGAGAGUUCUCUGUCGAAUGGAAACCACGUUACGUCCUAAUUAUUAACAAUAAAAAAAGAAAAGAGAAUGAUAGAGAUUUUUAUUUUGUUAAAAAAAAAAAAAAAA